AUGACAGAGAAUUCCAUCUCAUCCACAACUAAUACUAAUACUAAUACUAAUAAUACAUCAACAAAAGUUAAUCAAGGUAAUCGUUCAAGAGAAGUAUCGGUCACUUCAUUACUGGAUAGUGCAUCAUAUGAUUCUGAACCUCAUUCUUUUUCAAGUGUCACCUCAAUCGUAUUGAUAGGUUUACGAGGAGUUGGGAAACUGACAUUAUCAUUAAUGGCACUGGCUGCUUUAAAAUUUAAACAUAUCGAUGUAGAAAAUUGUGUUCUGGAAUAUACAGGUAUACCUGAAGCUAUAUUCAUUAAUAGAGUAACACUUGAAGAAUAUCGAGAUAUUCAAUAUAAAUUAAUAAGUCAAUCUUUGAAAGAAAAUGAACAUGAUAAUUGUAUUUUUGUAUUACCUUCAUCAUCAAUUGAUAAUUUUAAAGUCAUUGAAUAUUUGAAAAAAAAUUCGAAAAUUUAUUGUAUUGUAAAUAUUGAAUGUGAAGAAUUAAGAAUUCUUAAUUAUUUAGAUUAUUCAAAUGAUAUUGAAAAGGGAAUUCAAAUCAUUCAAUCAAAAGUUUUGAAAUAUAGAUCAGUUUCUGAUUUCAAUUUCUUUAAUCUUCAUUCUGAUUCAGAUUUAAAUAUAAUUAAAAGAAAUAUGAUAUCUAUAGGAGGAUCUAAUGGUUCUGUUUCUCAAUAUAAAUCUGAAUCUGAUUAUGAUCAUAAUUAUUUACUUUUAAAACCAUUAGAAAAGGAAUUUGUACAAUUCUUAACUUUUAUUAUAAAAGGUUCAAAUUCAGCUUCUACUAUAUCUGGAGAUUUACAUUUAAAACUUUCAUUAAAUAAAAAGUUUUCUCUGUGUCUCCAAAUUAUUUAUCCGGAAAUAUUAAAUUUAAAAUUAUGGGAUAAUAUAGAUGAAUUUAUUUAUGGAGUUGAUGCUAUUGAAAUUAAAAUUGAUAUCCUUGAAUUAAAAAGAAAAUCAGUGAGUCCUUAUUCUAUUGUUAAUUUUGAAGAAUUUAUAGCUCAAUUAAAGAGAUAUACUAAUUGUUCAUUACCAUUAUUAUUAAGUAUUAAUAAUCCAAUUAUUGAAAUCAAUAGAUUUAUGAAUUCAAGUAAUAAUUCCGAUAUAAGAGCCGAAAUUUAUAAUUCAUAUUUCAAUACUCUUUAUUCAAUUGCAAAAGUUGCUGUGGAUUAUAUACUGGUAGAUCUUAGUAUUUUCUUGUAUGAUGAUUCUAUAAGUAAUCAAGAUUCUUCAUUAAUAAUUGAUCAUUUAAAUCAAAUUAGAGGAAAUACUCAAAUUAUAGGUUCAUUUGUUUCUCAAGAUCUGGAAUUUUGGGAUCUUGAUAAUAAUCAUUUAAAAGGUAUUACUACUGGUCUUGAUAUAGUUAAAUUAUGUGAAAAAUUAAAAAUUAAUCAUUUAAGAUUAACAUCAAUUGCUACAACAGUUUCUGAUAAUUUUAAAGUAUUUGAAUUUACAGAAUAUUUAAGAAUUAAAUUUCCAAAUUUAAAAGUUUCUGCUUUUAAUGAUAAUGCUUUAGGUAAAGUUUCUAAAGUUUUUAAUAAUUUCUUAACUCCUGUUGAUAUUCCUAUUAAUAAUCCAUCAUUAACUGCAUUUCAAAUUCAUGAAGCCUUAUAUUCAUCAUUUUUAUUACCUGAUUUAAAUUUUUAUAUAAUGGGAAGUGAUGUAUCACAAUCAUUAUCACCUGCCAUUCAUAAUGCUGCUUAUAAAGCAUUAGGUUUACCUCAUACUUAUAGUGUAUUUGAAUGUUCUACAUUAAUGCCAUAUCUUGCACAAUUAGUUAAAUCUCCAAAUUUUGGAGGUACAGCAAUUAUUAUGCCAUUUAAAUUAGAAGCUUUAAAAUAUGUUGAUACAAUGUCAAAUCAUGUUAAAAUUAUUGGAGCUUUAAAUUCAAUUGUUGCUGAAAGAAGUCUUGAAAAUCCAAAUGAAAUUAUAGGUAUAAGAGGUGAAAAUACUGAUUGGUUAGGAGUAAGAUUAUCAUUAAUGGAUAAUAUAUCUCCAAUUAAUGCUGUUAGUAAAAAUAAAACUGCUUUAGUUAUAGGAGCUGGAGGUAUGAGUAGAUCUGCUAUGUAUGCAUUAAUUCAAUUAGGUUAUCAAAAGAUUUUAUUAUAUAAUCGAACAUAUACAAAAGCUCAAGAUUUAGCAAAUUAUUUUAAUUCAUUAUCACCUAUAAGACCUUCAUCUUCUUUAUCAACUGGAGAAUAUGAUUCUAAAAUAGAUGAUUUAAAAUAUUUUGAAAUAAUUUUAUUAAAUGAUGAUGAAUUUAAUGGAGGAAUAAUUCCUAAUAAUUUUAAUUAUCCAACAAUUAUUAUAAGUUGUGUACCAAGUUCAGAUAGAAUUACUGGGAAACCAACUAAUAUUCAAUUAUCAAUUAAUUGGUUUAAAAGUCCUUCUGGAGGAGUUGUUCUUGAAACUGGUUAUGAUCCUUUAAUGACUCCAAUUUUAGAAAGAGCAACUGAAUUUAAAGAUAAAGGUUGGGUAGCAGUUAAUGGUUUAAAUUAUCUUUAUGCUCAAGCAUUAGCUCAAUUUGAAAUGUUUACAAAUAAACCAGCACCUCGAGCAUUAAUGAAAUCCAUUGUUAUUGAACACUAUAAAAGAAAUUAUAAUUAG